AUGACUUCUGAAAUUGUGGAAAAAACAGAUUUAAUUCAUUGUCGUGAAAUAUCACCAUAUCCAUUAUCAUAUGUAACAUUUUCAAAAAUAAUUGCUGGUUAUUUAACAAUAGCAACAAUAAUGUUAGGAACAAUUGGUAAUAUUUAUUCUAUAAAAAAUAUACGACUAUCAAAUUUUGAUAAAACUAGAGGUGUUGGCUUAGCUAUUUCAAUAAUUUCAUUGGCUUUCUGGGAUACUAUUCUAUUAUGGGGAAUAUUUUUUUAUUAUGCUAUAAAUGCUGUCUUAUCCCCGGGAAUUUUUGAACCAUCUACUGUUGAGAUUGUCAAACAUACACAUUUUAUUGCUCAAUUUUCAAAUACAGCUUCUAUAUGGUUUGUUGUAUCAAUAACUGUACAAAGAUAUAUUGCUUCAAGAGAUCCAUUUACAAAUAGAAGAACUAAUAGACUUGGUACACAAUCAUAUAGAUUUUACUCAUCAAAAGAUUCAAGAAAAUUUUCUAAUAAUUAUUCAUCAUUUGAGACUGUUGGAAAAUUAUUUAAAAUACCUGUUAUAAUAAGUGUUGUAGCAUUUCUAGUUAAUAUUCCAACAAUGUUUGAAUUAGAAACAUAUGAUUGUUUAAAUGUUUCAAAACAUUUAGUACAAAGAACAAUAAAAACAACAAAAUUACGAAGUAGUGUAUAUUAUUCACUUUAUUAUAGAUUAAUAUUUCGCUUAAUUUUUGGUACAUUUGGACCAAGUUUAUUUAUUUUUUGUCUAACAGCAUUAACAAUAAAAUCAUUGAAAGGAAGUAAUCGUACUAGAAAACAAUUAUUUGAAAUGACUGAAUCAAUGAUAGAUCAAUUUAACUCAAAAGAAACAAUGCAAACAGUAAUAUCUUUAGUUUUAAUAAUUAAAUUUCUUUUCUUUCGUUCCUCUCAAUUUAUAUUAGAUAUUUGGGAAUUAGUUACAUUUUUACAAUAUAAUGGACAACCAACAUUUUCACUAUUGUUUAAUUAUUGUAAAGAUAUUUCAAAUUUUUUAGUAGCUAUAAAUAGUGCUACUAAUUGUAUAAUAUUUAUGAAAGCAUCAUAUUGGAUAGAAGGAAAAUUAGCUAAAAGAAUUUCAGUUAGAAGAAAAAAUAAACCAUGUAUUUUUCAAAGUCUUCAAUUACAAAAUAAAGCAUUUAUUUUAAAAAAUUCAUGGAAAGAGAUACAAGAAAUGAAUAAUAUGAAAUUUGGUUAUAUAUCAUUAAAAGCAAUGCUUCAAGUUGAUCAUUCAUUAAUAGUAAAAUUAACAAAACUUAGUGAAUGUGAAGAAAAUGAAUUUACACCUUUACAAAGUGUUCUAAUAACUAUACCAUCUUCUGGUGUUGGUCAUAAAAGUUCAAUACAUAAUUUAGGUGGAAGAAGACAUAGAUAUAUUUCAUCAGAUGAAAAUAAUCUUGUUAGUUAUGAAUAUGAAGUAAAAAAUACAACUUCAUUAGAAGAAAUAACAAAAUCAUCUACUUAUCUUAAUAUUGCAGCAUCCAUUAGUGAUAUGCUUGAGACUGUUAUUAACAUGUUAGUAGAAAGAAAGAAUGAGAAUGAAAUAAAAAUGUACAUAAGAAGAAUAGGAUUUUUACAUUAUAUUAGAGGUAUUACAUUCAGUAAUAUUGCAUGGAAAGCUUUUAAAGAAAGUACACUUAAACUAGUUAAUUUAUGUACAUUCUCAUCUGAAUCUGAACGUCAUCAAACAGUAGAUGCUUGGGUAACUUUUAUAUGUUUAAUAAUUGUAGAAAUGAAAAUGGGUCAGUGGGAGUCUGGAAUUAAUGUAUGA